AAGAAAAUACAUUGAGAUGGAUGGCAUAUUGAUAAUGAUUAUCUUUUCUGUGAUGUUAACCAUUUCAUCAGGUUUUCGAUUUAUUCAUUUGCUUUAUAAAUUACAAAGUCUUAUUUUUUCAAGAAUAAAUCCAUCUGUUCAGCAUAGAACUGGUCAUAAAACAUUGAAACUGCAAACCUAUAAACUUAUUCUAUUGAGUAUUAAAGAAAAAAUUUUGAUAAUUGUUUCAAAAUUGAUGAUAAAAUAUUUAAUAAAGUCUGUACAGGGACGAAUUUAUGCAUCCAAACCACUAGAAGGCUGUGUGGACCAAAUUCCCAAACCUAAAGAUGAUCACAAUUCAACUCUUCCUUACAUCUCACUCAUCAAACGUGGAGAUUGCUCUUUUGUAGAUAAGGCUUUAGCGGCCGAAAAAGGUGGAUAUAUUGCAACUGUUAUUUUCAAUGAUGUUGACGACAGUACUUUCCCAAUGGGCUACAAUUCGUCCACAAAUGUCAGUAUUCCUGUCGUAAUGGUUGGUUUGUCUGACGGCGAGCUCCUACUAAAUAAGUACUGCGUGCCACAUUAUUUUGUUGAAAUACUACCUGCUCAUCGCCGAAGUAUCGUGUUGUAUCUUAUUCCACUCAUAACAUGUCUGCUGAUAUCUGUAGUCGCAUUGAGUGUGGCAUAUGGAAUUCGGCUUUUGAAUCGAUACCGGAGAAGAUAUCGUUAUUGCUUACCAGUAAAAGAGUUACGUAAAAUACCUGAAACUUUAUUUGUUAAAGACUCCAGUGAAUUUGAAACUUGUGCAAUUUGUUUAGAAGAUUAUAAAGAUGGUGAUAAAUUGAGAGUAUUACCAUGUGGGCAUGCUUACCACAGUAAAUGUGUAGAUCCGUGGCUUUUAAAACGUCGUGGUUUUUGUCCUAUAUCUCCACUUUUGGAUGAUUCGUCUUUCGAAGAUUCUGAUUCAGAAGAUACUACUUCAUCACCUCAGUUAAGUUUCUACAGUGGGAACGUCCAUUCAGAUGAACAUACUCCGCUUAUUAAUGCUUCUGUUGAACAAUCAAGUGCUUCAUCACUUAGGCGAAUGAAGAUGACUACUUCAAUUCGUGAAACCUUGGAAAGCUUUUUAACAAAUGUAUCAAGUUCUUAUUCCAGAGGUCAUAAUUCAUCCGACUAUGAACAGGGAACUAAUAAUGUUAAUACAGCCGUGGAAUUACAACCUGAAUGUUCUCAGAUUGUCGCUGAAUCCCUCGUAAAAGGUAAACAGUGUAGUGAAAGUGAUACUGAAUCUGGACUAAAUAAUGAAAUCAAUGAUAGUCAGUCACCUUCAGUAAUGAUUACUCAUGUUGAAGUGCAUACGGAUUGUGAUUUAUCAUGUAUGCACAAAUCUCAUGCUUAA